AUGGCGUCCUGUGCCAAAAUUAGACUAUAUCUUAUGAUGACUGUGGUAGUAUGUACUCUUAUUUAUAAUAUCACUUCCGCUGAGGAAGAUGUUGAUUAUGAACCUGGUGUUGGUGCUGUCGGCGCAUAUCCUGGUGAAGACCAUGGUCAUGAAGGGGGUGAGGGAUAUGCUGGGGCCAACACUGAUCCCACUCAUAUUGUUGAUGGAGCCUUGCUAUGCUUCAAUGGAAAACAUCUGUACAGCCAAUGUGAUGAUUCUUGCAGGCUGACAGUGAGCGGAGAGCUGCAUGUAUCUAAUGAUCAGGUAGAUGAGUUUUGCAGUGGGCCAUGCCUCGAAGAAACGAACCUUGUACUAGACUGCAUAGAUGGGAUUAUGGAGCACUUUUUAUUCUUUAACAAGGCCACCACUCAGGACAUCAGGGACACAAUUGUUGCUGGUUGUGGCGACGGCGAUGAAAGAGGUAACUUUGAUGUAGCAGAGCAUAUCGAAGCUGAUUAUGGUAACGGAAGCAUGGAACACAAAGCUACAAUCUCUAUACUGUCUGGCGUCGCUUUCUCAAUCAUAGGGCAAAUGUUAUUAUCACUGUAA